AUGCAUUCAACAUUAACAACAGAUCUUUCCAACCUCUAUGCGAACUUGAAUGGAACUACGACUACGAAUACAGAAUAUAUUGUUCUACUCAAAGCUGGUUCUCUCAGUCCUAUUCAUCGUGCUCAUAUUUCUAAUAUGAUCAGAACAAAAGAAUAUUUAGAGCAACAGCAUAAUUUUCGUGUAAUUGGUGGUUAUCUUUCGCCUAGUCACGAUGAUUACGUAGAAGCAAAAUUAGGCGAGGAAUUUAUUAAUGGACAUCAUCGAGUUCGAAUGUGUGAAGAAGCGAUAAAAGAAGCCAAUCAACAACACUGGCUCAGUGUUGACAAAGCAGAGAUGAUGGGUGAGAAAAGUUCUUGA